AUGCCAGAUAAACAUAUUCCUGUCCCAAACGGGAUGCUCCCCUUCUGGAGGACGGAGCCCCACGUCCUGGAUAACCAUCGCUCGACUGAGAAUCUCCCCGAUAAAUGCGAUAUUGUCAUUGUUGGGGCAGGGUAUGCCGGGGCUUCUAUCGCCCAUCAUAUUUUACGCCAAGUCAAGCCCGGCUCAAAGGCGCCUUCUAUUACGAUUUUGGAAGCCCGGCAAGCUUGCUCUGGGGCUACUGCUCGGAACGGUGGACAUGUCAAACCUGACAUUUACAAUUUUGUCUCAACUCUCGCCACAGAAUAUGGUUUUGACGCAGCAGCUGAAGUUGCAGACUUCGAGGCAAAACAUGUUUAUGCGAUUAAGGAGUUUGUUGAGAAGGAGAAGGUCGAUUGUGACUACACCGUAACCAAAGCGAUUGACGUGCAAUUGGACCCAAACCACUAUAAGAAGUUGAAAAAAGGAUUCCAGGAGCUCGUGACCAAGGGAUGCGCUGCGACAAAGUUGGGCCAGUAUGUUGAUGCUGAGAAUGCAGAAGCAUUCUCCGGUGUUAAGGGUGCGCUUGGGUGUUUCUCGUAUGACUCGGGGCAUAUCUGGGCCUAUAAGUUUGUCUUGCACCUGCUUGAGAAAGUUGUGUCCCAAGGAGUGAAUCUGCAAACACACACCCCCGUGGCGAAGAUCACCAAGUCGAAUGUCUCUGCAUCGACCCACUCAUGGGUAGUUGAUACUCAGCGGGGAUCCGUUACUGCAAGAACUGUCGUGAUGGCAACCAAUGCCUAUACCUCUACUCUUGUUCCUAAAUACCAGGGCAAGAUUGUUCCGAGCACCUACACUCUUCGCUGGGGUGGUUGGGAGUAUGACUAUUUAAUUCCUCGAGGAGACGGAUCGAUUGUGGUCGGUGGUGCUCGGAAGGCAUUUAUUCACGAUCUAAAUAGCUGGUAUAACGUGAGCGAUGACAGUUACGUGCUGGAGCCUGCUGUUCGCUAUUGGGAUGGGUACAUGCAACGCAAUUUUGCCGGAUGGGAAGAUAGUAAUGCCUAUACCGAUCGAGUAUGGACCGGAAUAAUGGGAUAUUCUUCAGAUGGAUUACCCCAUGUCGGAACAGUGCCGGGAGAGCAAAAUCAGUAUAUUCUAGCUGGGUUUACGGGACACGGCAUGCCGCAAAUUUUCUUAGCCGCGGAAGGGCUAGCCAAGAUGAUCAUGAAAGGGGUGGCUUUUGAGGAGACGGGACUUCCUCAGCUGUUCAAAACAAGCCAGGCACGAUUGAAUGACUCGAAAAGCAAGAUAUUCGAACAGACGCCAAACUCGGUUAACAGGGUAAAGACGUCCCGAGUUAUCGUUCUGCGGCUCUUCACCCGGAGUCUGGAUAGUAAGAUUAAAUGCAGAGACGGCAUCACCAUUGCCCAUAACAUCGCGAAUAGGAUAGAAAUCGCCCGCAGUCAAGCUGACGGUGCCGCAGGAAACCGGGUUGUUGUAGUUGCCACCAGCAGAAGCAACAUUCAAGGCCGGGGCAUCAGGAUCGGGAUUUCCAUUACCACAAUCGAAUGCAAGGCCGUCGCCAAGGUAGAAGUAGUCCGCAUUAUCGACCGAAACGCAGAAUGUAUACUCUCCUGUUGUAGGGGCGCGGUAGAAGCCUUGGUAAACGAGAGUGUAAUUAUUGGCGUUGACGACAAUGCCGCCGUUCACUUCACGGGUAUACCCGACGAAGUACUGCACACCGGGGUUGUUGGGAUCGGGGUAGAUGACUUCGAAACCCUUGUCUUGGAUAACGUUGGUAUAAUCCUGUGGGAUUCGAUGUUCAAUCCCGAGGGCGGGCAGUCAGGCUUAACGGGGCAUGAAGUUGGUGGUGGGACUUCAGUGGUGACAAUUGUCGCUGUACCACAGGUUGAAGAUGCUGGGAUGGUGAUUUCGCCUGUUGCAGGCCCCGUGGUAGUGAUGAUGGUGGUCUCAUCGGUGCAGGUUGUCACGAUCACAGUGUCGGUUCCGCAAGAUGUAGAAGCCGGCACAGUGGUUAUACCUGGAGGCGACCCUGAAACAGUGAUUCUGACCGUGGCAUCAGUGCAGGGAGUCGUGGUGGUGGUGGACGUAGUAGACGUAGUAGUAGUGGUUGUUGUUGUUGUAGUCGUCGUGCUACUCGAAGUAGUACUGGAAGUACUCGAAGUUGUCGAAGUGCUCGAUGUAGUGGGAGCACUUGAGGUAGUCGAUGUACUUGAAGUAGUUGGCACGCUCGAGGUAGUCGACGAAGUUGAACAAGAUGUCGAAGUCGGAGUAGCUGUCGUGGUCGUAGUCGAGCAAGAAGUAGACGUCCAGUCAUGA